GUAACGCAAAGGUAACAAACCGUUUUUAUUAAGUGAUCACAGUUUAAGUAAAACACUUCCAAAAACCAACUUUUUGUUCGUUCAUUUUAUUGUGGAAUCAUGAAGUGCUUAAAAUUAUUCGGUCUCUUAUUACCAGCUAUUGCUGCUGCCAUCUACUACAUCCAAGUAAACAUAACGUCCUUUUAUAGAUUCGAUCCUGCCAAACUGCAAGAGUUGUCUCAACAAUCCAUUGAGCUCUAUGGAAAUGAUACUCGUGCAUUAUUGUAUGAUUUGAAUAAGCGUUUGAUUGCUGAGUAUGGUGAUUUAAUCUUCCCUUUGAAUGACGACGAGUGGGUCCAUAACAAUGCUGGUGGUGCUAUGGGUAAUAUGUUCAUCCUUCACUCCUCUUUCACUGAGUACUUAAUUUUCUUUGGAACUCCAAUUGGAACGGAGGGUCACACCGGUUUACACAUGGCUGAUGACUACUUUACAAUUUUGGUCGGCCGUCAACUUGCAGCUUCUGCCAACGACUUGGAAGCUCGUGAAUACCGUCCCGGUGAUCAACACCACCACAAAUGGGGACAAACCGCUCAAUACAGUAUGCCCUCUGGUAAACCCUGCUUUGCUCUUGAAUUAGCUCAAGGCUGGAUUCCUAGUAUGCUUCCCUUUGGAUUUAUUUCUACUCUCUUUUCAACACUUGACUUCCCUACUUUUUACAGAACUGUCUACUAUACCAUCAUUCGAAUGGUGAAGAGCUUCCUUGUUGGCAAGUUUUAAACAUCCAUUAAUACUAUUCGCUCUUUAUUCAUAACCUUUCAAAGUUAAGUUAAUAGCACUCCUUAUUUUACAAUUUUCAUGUUUCUUCCUUUAGUGUCAAUUUUCGCAUUUUCUUUGCUUUGCGUUACCGGUUCACUUUUUCUUUUAUCUGUACAUUAUUGUAAUUCUAUUGAAAUUGGGUAAUAUAUUGAAUAAGUAUCAUAAUCUAUAUGCUUUCGUAUCUUACAAUAAAUAAUCCGUGAGUUGGAUCAACAAGUGAGGGUUCUUUUCUCAUUCCUUUUUCAAAAUAACCGCUUCUAAAUGCAAACAUCUCUCGUAUUAAUCGAGAAUAGGUUUUUCUUUUAUAUACGUUUAAUGUAUAACCACUAAGCUUAAGAAACAUUCACUGUUUUUAGACUUGACCCAUUAUCUCUGUUCCUUCUUCUUUGGUACUCAAAAUGUUUGCCGAGGGCGCCAUUAUAUGUUCAUGAAGACUAUCAAAUAACCUUCUAAUUUCGUCAUUUCGUCGGAUAUAAGGGUGUUUCCAAAAAUUGUAAUCUUCAUUCUUUAAUAGUUCAGUGAAAGUAAUUAGAAGUCCCCAUGGAUGAGGACGAUUGCAUAUAAUUCUCUCCAGCAGAACCAUUGUCAUUUGCUCCUUUAUUAGCAAUUCUUGAGG